AUGCCGAAUGGCCCGAGGCCGCUUCACACCCGGUUACUCACACCCUGCCAUGACUCGUUCGCCGCCCGCACUGACGUGCCUAUAGUACAAGGAAGCGGUGGAGGGGAGGAAACCGAUGCUGAUGCCGAUGUUGAUGUUAUCGAAAGCGCCUUUACCAUCUGCUGUGAAAGUUGCGGAUCUUCGUGCACGUGCACGUGCACAUGA